AUGCAGCUUUCCGGUCUCUUCAUCACAGCCUUCGCCCUCUUCGUGUCUCGCAUAUAUGCUCAAAGCGGCCCCCACGGUAUUGAUACUGGAAAUGAGCUAUGCAUGGGCCAGUGCUUGCCUGAACCUUCCCAUCUUCCGUGCAACAAACCUAAGUACCAAGCACAACUGGGCUGCUUUAUGUGCUGCCUUGAGAAUGAUGAUGCUGGUGCUUUUGCAGAUCACAUGCCCGAAGAUAUCUUUGGCGACGGUGACGUCCUUGGCGACGGCGAC